UUUUUUUUUUUUGUGGAUGAUUCAUGUUUUGAUUGUAGUGAGAAAUUUUAAUUCGUAUUCAUUUUUUGCCUGUGCUGUUAAAUUUUUUACAUUUUUUAUACAUGAUUUCGUGUAAGUGUUCCAUCGUACAGUGUUCGUGUCUGCUGUUAAACAAUAUCAUUACAGAAUAUUUCACCGCACUAGUCGACUACAGUAGCUCUGGUUCCGGUCCAAAUUGCACCGUCAAUGUACAAUUAUACCUGAUGAUUUUACCAUAGAUGUCACAAUAAGACAGUACUUGUGAACCGUAAUUGUCUUAUUCUGGAAAUCCAUAAACACAAUGGCUAAAGAAUAUGAUCAUCUGUUUAAGCUGUUAAUCAUCGGAGAUAGUGGUGUUGGCAAAAGUUCAUUGCUUGUUCGUUUUGCCGAUAACACAUUCUCUGGUAGUUAUAUAACGACCAUAGGCGUCGACUUCAAAAUUCGAACAGUUAUAGUUGAUGGAGAAAAAGUGAAAUUACAGAUAUGGGACACUGCAGGUCAAGAAAGAUUUAGAACAAUUACAUCCACGUAUUACCGAGGUACACAUGGUGUUAUAGUUGUAUACGAUGUUAGCAAUGGGGAUUCAUUUGCAAACGUCAAACGAUGGUUACACGAGAUUGACCAAAAUUGUGAAGUUGUCAAUAGGAUAUUAGUUGGAAACAAAAACGAUGCCCCAGAUCGAAAAGUAGUGUUAACAGAAGAUGCUCAGAGGUUUGCUGAUCAAAUGGGCAUCCAAUUAUAUGAAACAAGCGCCAAAGACAACAUAAAUGUUGAACAGAUGUUCAUGUCGAUUACUAAACAAGUAUUGCGGAACAAAAAGGAAACCAAGGAACGUCAGGCACAUCAGAACAAUGAUGUAGUGAAUUUAAGAAAAGGUCACUCGAAAGGAGCGAAAAGAAAAUGUUGUUAAAUCCCAUUGUUGCUGUAAGUGUUUUCAAUUUUAAGCUAUAAUUAUUAUUUUUUUCUUUUCAAUUUUUGUUACCACAUACACAUUAUUAUAUUAUGUGAAUACACAAAGCUCAAAGUUUUUAUUUCACAUUUACAAAAAAUAGUAACAAUAUAAAACCAUAUUUUAGUUUCUAAUCAUGGCUCUACCUUUUAAUAAGUUUUGGUAUAUUAAAACACUGAUUACCACCUGAUCAUAAUCAUAUUGUUUAUGUCUAAUAUAUGUAUUUCAUUAAAAUUAUUUUUAUUUUUUUUUGAUUUAUAAUGUGAACACCAGUAAAAUAUAAAUAAAAUGUAUUUAUGUCUUGCCUUUAGAACAUUUAUGGCUUUAAAGAACUAACGUUGUUAUGAUCUAUCAUUAUGAAGUAUAAAUGUGAUAAUAUACUAAAUUAAUUUAAACAUAUUACUUUACAUCCUGAUCAAAAUAUUCAAAAAUAUUCUAAAUAAUUAGUAUAUUUAUUAAAUUAUUUAAUGAAUUAAUAUCAUAAUCCAAAUAUUGAAUAAAGUUAUCAAGAGUUGUAAUAUUUUAUUAUUUAUUACAAUAUUAUUUUAAAGAAUACACUUAGGGGGAAAAUAUGUUGUAUACAAUAUAAUUUUGUUUAUACCUGUAAAAAGUGAUCAUUUCAUAAUUAAACAAAUUCAUUUGAAUAAUGCAUUAUGAUUAUUUAUAAAAACUAACCAUAAUACCUACCAAUUUAAAUUAGAAUAAAAACAUAAGCUUUUAUAAUAUAUACAUUAAAAUUAUACUGUUUUUAUAUUUUAAAUAAAAAAUAAAAAAUAUCAAUAUUUACUAUUAUGAAUUAAAAUAAAAUUUAUAUAUUUAUAUUUACAAUAUUAUUUUUAAUUCAAACAUUCAAAUUAUUGUAUUUAUAUUAUGUAAUAAUUAUGAACGUCCCACAAGAGAUCACUAGUUUAAAGUAAUAAGACGAUGUAUAUUCCAUCACUUUUUAAUUUAGUAAAUCUGUUGAUAGAACUCUACCCUAUAUUAUAAAAUAAUCAAAAAAUUUUGUUAUUUAAUUAUAUUACUACAGUAAUCUCAGACUAUUAAAAUGGAUUACCAUUAAAGGUAUUGAGUCUCAUAAUAAUUCUAUAAUUUAUAAGUGUCUACUAAUUAAAAAAAGAAAAAAAUAAUAAUUGAAUAGCCUGAACUGAGCCUUACAUACAGUAAAGAGAUAUUAAUUUUGUCCGUCUACCUACAUGCAUCUAGGUACAUUAUAGUUCAAAACAUUAUGAAAUAAGUUAAAAUCAAAUAAUGUCAACUUUAAUUCAAUAUUAAAAAUUACAUGUUUACAAAUUACAAUAUUAUAUUAAUUAUUAUAAUGUUUUUAAAUACCUAAGAAAUUAGUUAUUGUAAUAUGUAAAAAAAAAUUGUUUACUUUGGAACUCAUUUAGGUUUUUAUUCAGUACAUGUAUAAGGUAUAACUUAUAGCCUAUAGGCAUGUAUUUCAAUAUUUUUUUUAGUAUUUAUAAGUUAUACAAUCUAUUUUAUUUUUGUUUAUAUUGUAAGAAAAACAUCAAUGUAGGAAAAAAUGUCUAAAAUAUAUAAUAUAUAUUAUACAAUAUAUUAUCAUAAUAAUAUAAUACUAGUUAUUCAUUUUAAAGUUAAAUUUAUAUCGACCAAUUAUUUAUCUUUUGAAAAAUGAUGGACCCUUUUAUAAUUGUAUUAUAUACCUACUGUCUUCCAUUAUUUUUUAUAUGUAAAUAUUCAGUUAAAAUAAUUAAUUUAUAAUUAUACCUAUAAUUUAAUAGAUAG